CUCACAUACAUGUAAUGAAUGUUGAACAAAAAAUGUGUAGUUUGAGUCAUUCAUAUUAUAACACACAAGAAAUGUUUUUCUCUCUGGAAUUUGCCCUGAUAGUUGUAUGUGACAACAUCUGUAUUAAUAACUCAGAAUGAUAUCAGUUGACUAAUGCAAUAAGACAAAAACUAAAAUUGAUCAGAGACAGUGAGAUUUGUCCUGCUCAGUUUCUGUUUGAUCUUUCUAGAGUGAGUUUGAAUACCAAGACUUGUGGAUAAGUGAUGUGGUUUUCGAUUUGUUGUUUGGCACUUUAACACGUAUGUUAUGGACAACAUUGAUCUUGUUGCGGAGAUGUUAUUUAAUGAAAGGAUGAAUCAAAACACAGAAACAAAGAAGGGGUUUCCCCAGCUGCGCUCUGUGGCAAGGAUUUCUCAGAUCCCAGUGGUAGAAACUGGAUGGCAAUAUGCUUCUGGAAUCUAUAAUAAAAUUAAGGGAUCAAAUUCACUUGUGGCUUGGAGUUUAGGAACAGCAGAAUCAACAGUACAAGCAGCUGUGGAGAAAACUAUUCCUAUUGUUAAUGUUUUUGAGAAACCUUUAUCUCUUGUGGAUACAAUUGUUUGCAAGAGUUUGGAUUUAGUAGAAGAAAGAGUUCCAGUGGUAACACUGCCUCCAGAACUGAUUCUUGUAAGUGGGAAGGAGUAUGUGAGCAAUUCAAUUGUCCAGCCUGUUCUGAAACGUGCUGAUUCAGUUAAACAAUUUGGUCUAGAUCAAGCAAACCAUGUUUUAGAGAGCAAAUACACAGAAUUUGCUGCCAGUCAGAUUGAUAAUGCUUUGGAUUUGGCUGACAAAUAUGUUGAGAAAUACUUGCCUGCAUCUGGGCAAGAAGAAGCAAAUAUUAAAGGAAUAAAUAAUUUGGGAAAUAGUAGAGCAGCUCAGACAAUUCAACAUGUAGAAAUCUUUUCUCGGAAGUUGCAAAGAAGGUUGACCCAACGCACCUUGUAUGAAGCUCAAGCCUUCAAACAAGGUGGUGAGGAUUUGUUGCAGAACCUACUCAACAUUGCAGAACUAUUGGCUCGUGACCCAAAAGCUGUUUUUGCAAUGGCUAAAGACCUCUGGGCACAGUUAAGUAAAGAUGAACCUGAAAACCAAACUCCACCUGCUAACUUGGAAGAGAUGACUGUGAUGUUAACAAGAGAAAGUGCUCGCAGAGUGGUACAUCUCAUCAAUUACACUCAACAAGGCAUCACCAAUCUUCCUGAAACUCUCUCCAUUAAAAUGCACACUGUCAUCUUGUAUUGCAAUCAACUCACGGAUACACUAUUAAAGGCUGUCCACUUUGAGGAUGCCAAAUAUAUCAUCAUUUCUCAGGCCAAAGAACAAGUUGCCAAGAUUCAAGCUCUACUUGAUGAGAUCAACUCAUACAGCAACCAAAUUAUAGAGCUUGUUACACAGCUGGCGGGCAAUACAUCAAAAGCAUCCUCAAAACCUCCAAAGAGACCAGCAAAACCAUCACCAAAAAUACAGAAUGGCACAAAUUUACAAGUACAAAACCAUCUGGAUAAAAUUGACUGAUUUAUCUGAUUUAUUCAGUUCUUAAAUUUUAUUGAGGUCAUUAGAUCAUCUUAUAUUUAAUAUAGAAUAUAUCAUACUUUGACCAUUGUGUUGUUGAAACAUUUGUUACAGUCACAUUUUCAAAUAAAGUAAUUGUUUAUUUUAUAUACACAUAUACUUAUAACUAGAAUCAAGUUACCCAUAUUUUUAUAAAUUGGAAACUUUAUGAUAAACACAUGCUUUAUGUAAUGUAACCAAAUUUAUUUUAUAUAUCAAUUAUUUCUAUUUUGGCCUGUCUCAGUAAUUUAAAAACAAUGUAGACAAUGUAAUAUACUUGUGAAUUUGUAAAAAGUAAUUUCAAUUUGGUUAUCCAAGAUUUUCCAGGGCUGGUACUUGAUAAGAGAGCAGAUGAUCAACUUAGGUUUUUGAAAUUUGUCCAUAUUUAAGUUUUUUCUUUAUUCAAAUAUCCUGCUUUAUGCAUCUUCAUUACCUAGGUACUGCACUCCCUGUGUGUCCCAGCCCUGCUCCCUGCAGUUUAUAUAGAAGUGUACAAAACAGAAAAUGUCACAAGACUGAUGUGUUGAAAGGAGAGACCUUCCAUUGUCAAAUAUUUGUAUUGGUAAUAAAAUCAGUUCAUUAGUUCUUACUUGUAUAUGUUUAUAUAUUUUUCCUUUGCAAAAUACUUUCGAUUGAAACUGCAUACUUAAUAUCAGUUAUUUGUGUAAUUUAUAAGCAUUCUGUGGAAAAUGUACUUCAUAAUUUUCAUAGAGUAUAGAAACGAUAUUUCAUACAACACAAGUAGGAAAUCAAUUAUCACAGUAAGAACACAUAUAUCCAUACAAUGCACAUUUAUGUCUCUAAAACUAGCAUAUAAACUUAUGUAAAACUGGAUAACAGUUUAUAAUCAAAUUAAUCUUCACACAUUCAAAAAGAACAUCGUAAAGUAUAUUUCUGUACUUUAGCAUUAAAUACAUAAUGUUUAAAAGUAUUUAUUAACCUCAUGAAGGUUAAAACUUUUAAGAUUAGAAAAAAAAAAAAAAGAA